AUGGUGCCGGUGCUGGCGGGGCUCUACGUGGGCGGCGCGGAGUCGUGCUCGUCCCCGGAGGCGCUGUCGGCGGCGGGGGUGGUGGCGGUGCUGACGGUGGACGCGGAGGAGCCGCCGGCCGUGCCGGGGGUGCGGGCCAUGCACGUCCGGGCGCUGGACGAGCCCGGCGCGGACCUGCUGAGCCGCCUGGAUGAGUGCGCGGCGUUCCUGGGCGCGGCCCGGGCGGGCGGCGGCGCCGCGCUCGUCCGCUGCCACGCCGGGGUGAGCCGCAGCGUGGCCGUGGUCGCCGCUUACCUGAUGAAGACGCAGGGGCUGGGCUGGGAGGAGGCGCUCGCCGCCGUCAGGGCCGCCAAGCCGGACGCGCAGGUGAACCCGGGCUUCCAGCGGCAGCUGAGGCUCUACGAGGCGAUGGGCUGCGCCGUGGACACCGGCAGCGUCCUCUACAAGCGGUAUCGGCUGGAGAUGCUCAGCGAGAGGUUGUCCGACCCUCAAGACUUGCCCCGAGAAGUCUUUGCAGUUGAUCCUACCACUGUAUGUCAAGCUGUGAACACAGAGGUUCUCUACAGAUGCAGGAAAUGCAGACGCGCUCUGUUCCGUAGCUCCAGCAUUUUGUCGCACACGGAAGGAAUCGGACCGACAGCCUUUGGCCACAAGAGGGUAACAGACUCUGCACGGCUUUCUGGGAAUGGCCAGGAAAAGUGUACCUCCUACUUCAUCGAGCCCGUGCAGUGGAUGGAGGCAGCAUUGCUUGGAGUAAUGGAAGGACAGCUUCUGUGUCCCAAAUGCACAUCGAAGCUGGGCUCCUUCAGCUGGAGGGGGGACCAGUGCUCCUGUGGCCGCUGGGUGACGCCGGCCUUCCAGAUCCACAAAAGUCGAGUGGAUGAAGUGAGGACACUGCCAGUUGUUAACUUCCAAACUGCCAAAACCUGAACUCAUCACGGCACUUGAUGGAUUUCUUAACAUCUGCCAAGAACUACUAGAUCACGGUUGCUAGGAAAUGAGCUUAUGACUUCCACCCCUUUGUGAGGCGGCAGAAUUACUUGAACACCUGCAGCUUGCUGUAUCUCUUAAUAUAUUCUAUGAAAUAUCAGAACACUUUCUUCAAAGAGGUGUUACGAAGUGGUCAAAUCUACAAAAUGGGCCAAAUGUGAUGUUUUUAGUGUACUCUUCAUUUAUGUGUUGCUGUUUACAGAAGGUCUCAACUCCUUAUUCAAAAGGAGGUGCUGUGGCCAGCAGUGCUGCUCAGCUUCUAAGCCAAAGUGCCAAGUGCCCUAAAAUGGUACAAUUACGGUUGUUUUGCAUGCGUGGCAGCAAAAGGCAAACUUACAGUUACACUUCUAUUGUACUAAAAGGAAUCCUAAAAAUACCUGCCCUGAGUACUUACUACUUUGUAACUCUUUCAUGUAAUGUGUGAGGAGGUUGUGCAAGCUGUAAGAGAAUGGGAGAACUGAAGUAAACAGUCCAUGCCAAAUUACCUCUUACAGUUUUAAAGAAA